CUCAUCUUCAAUCAUGUCUACUCAGAAGGCCGUCAUCGUUACCGAACCUAAGACUGCAGGCUUGGUCAGCUCCCGUGCUAUUCCCAAGCUCCGCGAUGAUUACGUCCUCGUGAAGACUGUCAGCGUGGGUUUGAACCCCACUGACUGGAAGCAUACCGACUACCUGUCGCCGCCCGGUGUACUGCUAGGAUGUGAUUACUCUGGCGUUGUUGAGGCCGUUGGCAAGGACGUCAAGCUACCUUGGAAGAAGGGUGACCGUAUCUGCGGUUCCACCCAUGGUGGUAAUGCCGUCCAACCCGAGGAUGGCUCUUUCGCCGAGUACAUCGUUGUCAAGGGUGAUGUGCAAUUCCGAAUCCCCGAACAUUUGAGCUUCCAGGAAGCCGCCACGCUUGGAGUUGGUAUCCAGACUGUGGGCCAGGCUCUGUAUCAGACUUUGGGACUGGCCCCACCAACGCAACCUAUCCAAAAGACGACUCCUAUUCUUAUAUAUGGCGGUUCUACGGCUACAGGUACCUUAGCCAUCCAGUUCGCUAAGCUCUCCGGGUACCAGGUGUUCACCACCUGCUCGCCGCACAACUUUGAUCUUGUCCGUGGGCUUGGUGCGGACUUUGUCUUCGAUUAUAACGACCCAGAGUCCGCCAGUCAAAUUCGCAAGCAGACAAAUAAUAGCUUGACACUGGUCAUGGACUGUAUAUCUCUUCCUUCUAGUGUUGAUUUCAGCGAUCAGGCGCUUUCAACAGAGGGUGGCGCGUACCUUUCACUCUUGCCCGGAAAAAUUGACCGUGGCAACGUCAACAGUCACUCCAUCCUGGUCUAUACCAUCCUUGGCGAGGCCUUCAAUUUCGGUGACAUGUCUCUUCCCGCUAAGCCAGAGGAUUUCGAGCACGCCAAGAAGUUCACUCAGGUGGCUCAGACGCUUUUGGAUCAGGGCAAGAUCAAAGUUCAUCCGCCUAAGGUUGGAAAGGAUGGCCUAAGUGGUGUCUUGGGAGGACUAGAGCUGCUCAGGUCCGGCAAAGUCAGUGGCGCAAAACUAGUUUACAACACUGGGGAGACUCCUUAGUCACACAUGUCAACAUAUCUUCCACAUUUAGUCAAACAUGAAUCAAUCCCAGCUCAGGGGAAUCGAACUUGUUAGCCCAUUUUUGACUUUUCUCGAUAGCUGGAAUUUUGAGAUAUACUAAUUUCCUGUAACUUUGUCUGAUUAGCAGAAGGAACAUUCUGUGCCAACAUUCCUAUCAGCACCGUACGGUGGGCGGUGUGGCGGAAAGAAAGUCUAUACGAGCUACAACCCUCCUGGUUCGCUUCUGUUCUGCUCUGCUCCGUUGACUGGUG